CGCAGCGAACGGACGACCGUUGAAGUGUUGUCGACUACGUUAGUAUCGUGUCUCUGAUGUUAUCUAUUGUGUGUAGUCAUUGUUAAUGUUUUGUGCUUUAUCUAUCAAGAUUGGAGAAAAACAUUAUGUGUAACACAAACGAGGAAUUCAUCAAAAUAAAAUUGCAGGAAUGGAACUUAUCUAAAUGGUAUGAUCGAUUUAUUGAGGAAGAUAUUGAUAAAGAAACUUUUCUUACUAUUAAUGAGACUGAAGUGGCACAAAUAAUAUCUACCAUUGGAGGCAUAUGCUGUUUUCUUGAAAAAAGGAAACUAUUGAUAGAAAGUAUAAAAGACGACUCACACCAGACAUCGGAUAAUGUCAAUCAAUCGGCAAAGUUGUUUUCCAACAAAAAUGAACAAUUAUGGAAACCACUUACAACAAAGACAGAGUCUCUUAAUUGUGAACAAAGAAAAAAUAAAGAAUCAAUUCGUAAAAAAAGCAAACCUGAGUUUUCUAAAUUAUCCUGCAGUAAUGCUUCUACAUAUACAAAAGAACAUCCUACAUGUAAAGAAAUAUUAAAUACAACAUUUACUGAUAGUUCUGAUGCUGAAAGUUCGCAUAGCAGUGAAAAUUGUUCAAGCGAUUCAUCAGAUGUAUCAAAUACUAAAAAAGCGAAUAUAGAUUCUUCAUUAAACAAAUCUGAUAAAAAAAUAGAAUUGAAGAAAAUUAAUAACGGUCAGAAAUUAAAGACAACUUCACGUAUUUCUCCAUAUUAUUCCAAUUCAGCAACAAUUGAAAAUGUGAAGGACUUAAAGGAACUUUUAUUAAGCUCCAUAGAUGGACAUAUUAUUGUAAAAUUUUAUGAGAAACAUGACAUACUUGAUGAAGCCAAACGUAGAAAAUUGACAGAACUUUUUGUUACUCAGUUCAUGUUUAAAAAAUCAGUAGACACUAUAGAAAUGUAA